AUGACUUACGGACAAGGACUCAAUUCACAAGAUUUAGUAGAGAUAAUAAGCAGCGCCGAGGAGCUUGCCAAGGAGAAGAGGUCGUACACAGUCGACCCUAUCCACGUCCUCAUGGCGAUUCUUGAAAAAAACAGCAAAGAAACAAGAAAGGUACUGAAGGCCUAUGCUGAGGUAAAGGACAAGGUGCAGAAUUAUAUUGACGCGCAGCCAAAAGCGCAGGGCCACAUAGUUCCCCGCAUAAACGAGCAGGAGAUGCCCGGUGUGCUGGCGCACGCAAAGGAGCUGGCCCAGAAAGAAAGCAGCGAAAUAAAGGGAAUACACGUUCUGUAUGGAGCCUUGAUGGCGCCCAGCGUCAGAAGCAUACUUUCGGAUGUGAAUCUGAAAGAGAUACUUGACAAAAUAAAGAACGUAAAGGAGCGAGAAGAAGCAUCAAUCGAGGAGUUUGCAGUGGACAUGGUGCAGCAGGCGCGGGAGGGCCUGUUUGACCCAGUGAUCGGGCGGGACAAGGAAAUCCGAGCUGUUUUGGAAAUCCUGACAAAGAAGAUCAAGUCAAACGCCAUGCUUCUGGGUGAGCCAGGGGUGGGAAAGACCGCGAUUGUCAACGGGCUUGCGCAGCUGAUAGCAAACGACGAGGCGCCGGCGCUUUCUGGGUGCACCAUAUACAACGUGGACCUGGGGGCUCUUGUUGCAGGCACAAUGUACCACGGGCAGUUCGAGGAAAGGCUAAACAAGCUGAUAAAGGCCGCAGAGGAGUCGAACAGAAAGAUCAUUCUGUUCAUCGACGAGAUACAUAUGGUGCUUGGCGCCGGAAAGACGCAGGGCGCAAUGAGCGCUGCAAACCUUCUUAAGCCCGGGCUGGCUGCAGGAACGAUUCGCUGCAUAGGCGCCACCACGUUCGUGGAGUACAAGCAGUACGUGGAGAAAGACCCGGCUUUUGAACGAAGGUUUGUGACCGUGUCAGUCUCCGAGCCGUCUGUUGACGACACGGUUACGAUUCUAAGAGGGCUUAGAGAGCGGUUCGAGUCCUACCACGGGCUGAGCAUACUGAACGAGACGCUGGAGUGCGCUGCCGAGAUGGGGCACAGAUACAUGACAAGCGGGCACAUGCCAGACACUGCGAUCACUUUGCUGGAUGCAGCCUGUGCGUCGGUCAAGGUUGCGCUGGAAAGCGAGCCUGCGGAGAUCAUGGAGAUAAAGUCGAAAAUAUGGGCUGCCGAAAUAGAGAAGGAGGCAAUCCUGUCCGACGCCUCGCGGGACGCAAGCAUAAAGAACGAGGAAAAGCUGCAGAGGGUCGAGAAGAAAAUAGCGAGCCUCCAGGAGAUGCUGAUUCCGAAGCAGAGCGAGUACGGAAAGAGGAUGGAGAACAUAUUCAAGCGGCGCAAGUUCAAGACAAAGCUGGAGCAGCUGAAGGUGAAGCUGGCUGCAGCCGAAAGGGCCAGGAACACUUCGGUGGCGUACGACAUAAAGUCCUUUGCAAUUCCAGAGAUUGAGAGCGAGCUGAAAAGGCUGGGGGACAAAGACGAGCACAUAUGCAUACGCCCGGAGCACAUAGCAGAGAUGGUCUCGAGCAUAACCGGAAUACCGGCCAAGCGACUGACUCUUCUGGAAAACAAGCGACUGCUGGGCCUAGAGAGCAGGCUCAGCGCUCGGGUGGUUGGGCAGGAGGAGCCCAUACGCGCAGUUACCGACGCCAUUAUACGGAGCAAGGCGGGGUUCGGGCGGAUGCAUCGGCCAAUUGGGUCUUUCCUGUUUUUAGGCCCAACCGGCGUGGGAAAGACGCAGCUGGCAAAAACGCUGGCAUACGAGCUGUUUGACGACGAAAAUGCGAUGGUGAGGAUAGACAUGAGCGAGUACAUGGAGGAGCAUUCAGUGAGCAGGCUGAUUGGUGCGCCGCCCGGGUACGUUGGGUACGAGACCGGAGGAUACUUGACAGAGAAAAUAAGGAACAAGCCAUACAGCAUAAUACUGGUGGACGAGAUAGAAAAGGCGCACAAAAGAGUUGCCAACGUGUUCCUGCAGGUUCUGGACGACGGAAGGCUCACAGACAGCCAGGGCCGGACGGUGGACUUUUCCAACACGGUUGUUUUGAUAACCUCCAACCUGGGGUCUGGCUCAAUCACGUCGGAGAACAUGGACAAAGACGAGGUGAUAGACGCGGUGAAGCGGUUCUUCCCGCCUGAGUUCAUCAACCGGCUCGACGGCGUGCAGAUAUUCAGACCCUUGGAGAUGGAUGGGCUCCUAAAGAUAGUGAGCAUAUACACCAAAGAGAUCAACGAGAGAAUGGCCAAGCACAAGCUGCACAUAACCCUGUCGGAAGGCGCGCAGGUCCGCAUCGUGGAGGAGUCCUACACGCCAGAGUAUGGGGCAAGGCCCAUGCACAGGUUUAUGGAGCAGACGCUGAUAACGGACACGUCCAAGAUAUAUCUAGGCCUGGAAGAAAACAACGGGUUUGAGAUAUGUGUGACCACCUCGCAGGAGGCACCGCCCACGAAGGGCGCGCAGCCAGCUGCCAUCACCGAGCACUUUUCGUACUACCUCCAGCCAGGGCCUGUGCGAUACUAG